AUAGUUUUAUUUACAAUUUUAAGUUGUGGUUUCUUUAUAAAUCAAUUUUAUUAAAUGCUGUGAAUUAAAAUUCAUCAUUUUAUGUAAUGUGCACAUGUAGACCACGUGCGUUGUGAAUAUUUACUUGAAAUUUUACAUUUUCAUACUUUUCGAGAUGCAUUAUUUAAGGAAAAAGUUUAUUAUUUUGUGUCUAUUCUUUCUCUUCAAAUUAAUAAUAUCUCAAGAAACUGAUUCCUGUAAUUGCUCAAGAAACCUUCAUACUGCCCAAAUAAAGUGCCUAGUUGAAUCGACAAAUAUUAACAGCCCAAGCUGUACCGUUACAUUUGGCCAAGCGGAUGAUGUCAUCAGUCAGGCACAUACGAGAUGCAUUGAGAAAAAUGUGUUUGCCACGGAAGGAGAUCAUCCUGGUCAACUGAGAAAAAUAGUGGUAUUUUGCACGGCUCCUUAUCCAUUGAGAUUGUCAUUUGAUGGGAUGAUGCCUCAUCAGUCAAUUGGGAUUGCAAAUUAUCGCUAUGCUAACCCGGAGUUUGAGAAUCAAACGCUUUCGAAAUUCAUUGUGAGCAUGGAUGUGGAGCCAGAAAUUACUGGAAGAUAUUCAAUAUUUCCACAAAAUGGAUUUUCUGACAGAAUGGGUGGAACUGUCGAUUUUUAUAUUUUUGCUGAAAAUGGACGUUUCGGACCAUAUCUUCUCAAUGAGGGGAAAAUAUUAAGACCAAUUUUCACCUCAAAUGCCUUAAUUCUACCAUGCAGGCCGUUUAAGAGAACAACCAACAUUCUGGUAACAAAGAAUAACGCUGCUUUCACGGAUUACGAUCAGUUUGAUACCAAAUUGGGAUUUGUAAUUAAUCUUACCGCAAAUAGACCUAUUUCUUCGCUAAUUGGAGAAUAUCAAUGCCUGGUAAACGAUUUAAUGGACGGGAUGGGUAGUAAAGUCACAAUUAUUGUGUCCUCUGCAGAUUUUAAUUCUACAAUGGCAGAAAUGAUUCCCCCACUAGAAGAAGUGCCGUCACUAGAAAAUCUUGAUCUGAAUUUGAACGUGACUGGAAAAUGGGCGGUAUGCCUUUCAGAAGACAAAUCUCGAAAGUACUAUCGACUAGUUAACAUGCGUUCCAGAAAUCCGCUGGAAUCUUCAAUGAAAACGUUAUGCUUUGCAGGAGAUGCAGAAUGUUUGGGAAAGCGGGAAGGAAGUUUCAGUCGAUGUCAUGCGUCCCCUCGGAUUUGCAAAGCCGUUGAUUUCAAAGAAGGCGGAGGAAUUAUUUCGUGUUUUCAUCGAAAUUCUAAAACUGUUAAGGAACCUCAUAACUACAUUCUGGGGCUGGAUGGGAAAACAUAUCUCAAUCCAGACACGAGAAGUGUUCCAAUUCAAGCGUUAAUGGGACUUAAAGCCGUUGGAAAUAAAACUAGUACAUUUUAUACGGAUAUUGAAUACUCCUUUACCUGCACUGCCGUCAGCUACCUAUUUGCGCAACCACUUAUGAUUGAUGUGCUACUAUCAAACGGAACUAGAAUUCCAAUAAGCCCAAGAAAUCCCCUGGAUGCCACGAACACUAAGGAAAUCUACGAUAUUUCCUCAACAAAUAUUGUUUUCAACAACUAUAAAGUCGAGGCAAAAUUAACUUUCGAGUCUGCGACUGUAACCAAAGUGGUCUGUUCAGCAUUUAUUUGGGACUUGGAGGAAACCCUUGAUCAUAUUUUGCUAGUUGAUGUUCAAAAGAGCUUAAGUCCCAGAUUUUCUGAGAACUUUCGGUCAGCAGAAUUCAUACGGGGACAAACUAAUGAACUCGAAUGUGACACUGAGGCCCUACCAGAGCCGGCAUUUGAAUGGGAAAAGGAUGGAGUUAAAAUCGAAGGCGAAACGAGCCCGAAGCUGAUUAUUUCAAACACUUCGGAUAAAAACGUUGGGAUGUAUUCGUGCAGGGCUAUAAAUGAGUUAGGCCGUGCAGAAAAACUAUUUCACGUGAAUGUCGUUGAUGCAGCAUCCAACGGCCCAGGAUUGCUCGUUACUGUUGGCGUACCAAUCGGGAUUGUUUUAAUUGCAACAAUUGUGUGUGGACUUUUGAUCAAAUACUAUCGAAAAACUCGAACUGGUUUAACACAAGCGGAAAUCGAAGAAUUUUUUAAAGGAAUUAAGACAACGGAUGUGCAGAAGACGAAGGAAGGGGAGAACGAAUACGUAUCCGUGAUUUCGGGCAUGCCUUACACCAAAGAAUACGAAGUUAGCGAUGGGAAAUUUAACAUAGACGAGACAUCCCUGCUCGGAAGUGGGGCGUAUGGUUUGGUUUACAAGGGUUCGCUGGACGGUAGAAAUAUUGCCGUAAAAACCUUGAAGCGCAAUGCCGACGUAAAUUACCUGAGGUCUUUGUUAACCGAAUUGAAAGUCAUGAUAUACCUGAACGAACAUCCAAACAUCGUAAACCUGGUUGGAGCAAAUACCAAACAUUUGGACAAAGGAAUUGUCUACGUACUGGUUGAGCUGUGUCCAUUGGGGAAUUUGGAAACCCAUUUAAAAAACAAUCGACAAAACUUUGUUAAUGAAAUGUGUGAUUAUUUAAAUAACCCUCUAGGAGCCUCGGUCGGGUCCUCCUCAUCAAUUCGUCCUUUAAAUACGUCAAAUCUACUAAAAUGGUCGGUUCAGAUUGCAUCUGCAAUGCAGUAUUUGGAAAUGAAGCACGUGAUUCAUGGAGAUCUCGCAACCCGUAAUGUGCUCCUGCAGGACAAUGACACCGCAAAACUUUCCGAUUUCGGGUUAUCCAGAAAAUUAUAUGAGUACUCAGAUUACGUGAAGCAAUCUAAGGAACCCCUACCUUGGCGACACAUGAGUUUAGAGUCGCUGAAAGAUUUGCACUUCUCGUCCAAAUCGGACGUAUGGGCAUUUGGGGUAACCAUGUGGGAAAUAUUUUCCUUGGGCGAAGUGCCUUAUCCUGGAUUAACUUGGAAUGUCGAGUUUGUCAGAGACAUUGAGAACGGGUUGCGUAUGACAAAAGCAAAAUUUUCAAGCAUAGAUUUAUUUGAAUUACAAUUACGAUGUUGGAGAAAUGAACCAGAAGAAAGACCAUCCUUUGCCGAACUUAAGAAGAUAUUGGAGGAGCAAUUAAUUCAAAUAAAAUCCAAAGAAGGAGGCGAAGGAUGUAAGUUUUAUUGACAAAACUUAAAUGGUUACGUAUUUAAAAUGUAUGUACAUAUGUAUUGCUUCAAAUGUAUUUAUCAGAGUGAAAUCCAUGAAACAAAUAAACUGUUAAUAAUUGGUGAAGUCAGAGUGUGCAAAAGCACGCAAUUUGAAAAAAAUAUAUUUUAAAAUGUUUCUAAUUUAUGUAUACGGGAAACAUUGUACGUCGGUCGUGGAUGACAAAUGAGAUAGGAGAACAUAGAAAUUUAUUUAUUUCCAAGUUUUGUCUUUCUGGUACUUUGAUAUUGUCAGACAAUACAAAUAAAUUCCAAUAAAUCUAACAUAUAUAGUAA